UUACGCGAUACAACUAUUGAGGCCCGUCAAGCUUUGGCACGUGAAAAUGCUACCCUUCUUCGCGGACAUCGGCAGCAACAAAAACCCAUCGGAACGAGUAUUGUUAUGUACACUGUUUGCAAUGUGCAAGCAGGUGAGUCUACCCUGGCCAUUCGACGAGGUGGUGUUACUUGUACCAACUUUUCGGAUAAUGCCGGUUGGCUUGCUGCUGGGUUCGGUUCCGGCCGCAUUCGUGUAUGGUCCUUGGGUCCGGAGUCGCUACGUCGCAUGCUGCCCGCCAACGAGUUGUCAUUACUGGACAAAGAUGAUUCCCGUGUAAAGACAAAAAUGUUAUACGACGAGAAUGGAGAACAUCAUUCCACACGUGAUCUUCUCGGACAUGUUGGCAGCGUUCAUGGAGUCGCAUUCAGCCCUGACCGGCAACUGAUUGUGUCCGGUGGUUCUGACGGAACUGUCCGACUCUGGUCUAGCCUACUGUGGGGCGGCGCACUGACUGUGUGGCGAGAUCACUUGCUUCCCGUCUGGUCUGUCGCAUGGGCUCCGGUUUACGGGCACUAUGUGGCCACAGGUGGAGCCGAUCGCAGUGCACACCUAUACUCGACAGACCAUGCACCGGAUGCCCUACGCGUAUUUGUCGGUCAUCGCGCCGACGUAACCUCGGUGUGUUUGCAUCCGAACGUGAAUUAUUUAGCCACGGGCAGUGCAGAUCGCGCGGUACGUUUGUUCGACGUACGAUCUGGUAAACUUGUUCGCCUCUAUACUGGACACAAGGGUUCUGUACAAUGUCUGGCCUUUUCCCCCUGUGGUCGAUACUUGGCCAGUGGUGGUUGGUGCGGCGCAGUGUGUAUCUGGGAUCUAGGUUCAGGUCAUCAGGUAGGUCAGCUUGGGGGUUACGCUGCAUCUCGACCGCUGGGACAAUCCCAUCGACGUCCGGAGGUGGAAGAGGCAUUGAGUUCUGCUGGUCAGUGGCUCACCGGUCCGGUGGUAUCCUUGGCCUAUUGUCCAGACCAGUCUGGACGAUUGGCUGCCGGUGGUCUGGAAGGUGUAAUUCGUGUAUGGAAUAUCAAUACGGGACGUUCAACAAGCAGCGCAUCACGUGCCGGCUCUAACACAACACCAUCUGGGUCAGUUGCCAGUCCAGGUCUGGUUAAUUUGCAUCGAGCCUCGAAACAGAAACAGCUUGGUCGUGGCCAAAGCAGCGGUUCUACAAUCAGUUCACAAUGGGCCGGUUACUAUACACCAGUUUCUGGAUCCGACGUGUCAGAUACCUGUUUAUCCGAGACGUUCUAUACUCGACGCACAUCGGUGCUUGGGUUGCAAUACGUUCAUCCAUAUUUGAUGCUUGCUUCCGGUCCCUAUAAUCAGCAGUAA